AUGUCAAUGUUAAGAGCUCGAAUUUAUUCUAGCUUACCAAAUCUCAAUGACGAUGGAGAAUAUCCAACACCAGUGGCUCCUCCAAACACACCCUGGUCGUAUCGGUGUACUAAACAAAACCUUUCCAGUGAACUUUAUACUUUGGAUGCAAUAUCGAAAUGUUUUUCAUGGGAUUCGUGUUUGAAUGGAGUUGGUUGUAAUGCAACACCCUUAAGUCGAUGCCGGCAUAAAAUGGAGACACCUGUGACGAGGAGUCUUCAGGAACAACCGAAUUCAGUUGAGAAGCAACAAAAAGCAUUGGAGAGUGUGAAUGACAUUUCUCGGCGGAAAGACAAUUAUCCACAAUCGUUACUUGAAGAAAUAAGAGCAGAAGAAGCCAAGCCGAGAGCGCCUAACAGAGUGUUAAUGCGAGAAGUCAGACGAGAAUAA